GUUAUGUUUACUGCACUGAGAAAUAAGGGGCAAGUGUUUGAAUAAAGCUUCGAUGGCUACUGGAGAAGACUCAGGGUUAGUGCCGUGGAUUCGCAAGAAACUCGGUUUCAAGACCCCAGCAGAGAGGAGAACGAGGCUGGACACUGUGCCAGAUACACCCAGGAGACUGGACACUGUGCCAGAUACACCCACUGUUCAGGAGCAGCUGGCCAGGGAUCUGUGGGAGGCUGUAUCCAAUGAGGAUGUCAGCAAAGUGAGGUCCGUUUUGAAACAGGGGGCCAACCCCAAUCACCAGCUCUACUGGAAUGAGGAGUGGUGUGAUGUGUUUAAGAAGAAUAGACGCCCUCCAGUACACCAUGCAUGCUGGAGGGGCUACCUGGAGAUCACUAGAGCACUCGUUAGUGGUGGAGCUGAUAUAGAGAAAGGUAGUGGAGGAUUGGGCGUGACUGCAUUUCACUAUGCGUGUUGGGGAGGAGAUAUGGAGACUGUGGUGUAUCUCUCACAAGAGAUGAAAUGCCGUAUUGAUGCGAGGGACAAGGAGGACCAAACACCACUAUACUGGGCUUGUUGGAGAGGACAUAUACAAGUUGUAAAAUACCUUGUGGAGGUACUCAAGGUUGAUGUUGAUGUGACUAAUGAUAAUGGCGAGACUCCUCUUGACUGGGCAGUACGGUAUAGGUCCACUGAAGUUAUUGAUUAUCUCAAAUCUCAUCAACCCUCCACUCCUGAACCAGAUACUCUAAAUGGUUCCGAACAACUUCUUUCUAAUUCAAUUGUUGACAAGACCUCAUCAAUGACCUCUGACCCUCUCUCUGGUCAACAGACACCCAGUGCUGGCAAUAAACAACCAGAAACAACUGAUACUCCAAAUGGUUCCAAACAUAUUUCCACUUCAAAGGAAGGCCCUAACCCAAUCAAUAUUCAAAACCGAACCUACUUGAAAAAACUGGAUGAGCUGAUGGCCGACACAAGUGGCACUAUAGAGCUACAUUAUCUCAAGACGCACUUCAUUGGUCCCUCGGGUCUUGGAAAAACGACCACUCGACAGCGGCUUGUUGGAUCCAUUACUAACCUGUCUUUGCUGCCCGAAGAUCAAAGGAAACGCUGCAGUACAUUACUAGCCGAGUGUGAACAAGUAUUGGCCUUUGUUGACAAAUCUGGAACAAAGCUUGAAUUCAAAGCAUCUUCAAGCCUAGAGGAAGAAACACAAUUUAUCUUCUCUUACCUUAUGUCCUGUGAACCUAUUGAAGACAGCACUGUCAGUCCACCUAAGGAACAGCCCACAAAAGAAACCACUGACCCAAAGAAGCAAACUCAACUCAAGAUCGAUGAAGCUGCUACUGCACCCAAAGAAACGGUAUCACCAACACCUGGGCAAACACCAGAACCACCGAAAAAGGUCGGGAAAGUGACCACUGUAGAUGUUGAAAAGGUUGUGUCGAGACUUCGGAGUAUUGUGGGUUCAGGAGAGUACACUAAAGAGCUGCUGAACAAAGUCCUACUCAAUCUGGUCGAUAUAGGUGGGCAGCCUGGAUUUGUGGAGAUGUUUCCUUUUCUAAGCAAAGGCGCAGGGAUUUUUCUGGUAUUCUUUCGACUGGACAAAGACCUCGAUGACAUGUGUCAAGUCUCCUACGAACGAGGAAAGGACAAGAUCACACCGUACGAUUCAACUUACACAAACAGAGAAACACUCUCUCAAAUCCUCUCAGGUAUCAACCAUCAUACUAAGAUUGACUCGGAUAUUGACAGAGAGCAGUGUAGUAAACUGGGCAACCUAGGCUCUACUAAGCCUGUUGCUACCCUCAUAGGUACUUUCAAGGAUGAACUGGCAAUGCAAAUCAAAGUCGAUCUUCUGUACGAGAAAUAUAGUGCCUCCACAAAAGCUGUCUGCAAGAGCGAUAGUACCACUGCCAGCAAGAGCCUAGAAGAACACGAACAAAAGAAAGCAAUUCGGGAUAUUUUGACUCAAAAGAAGAGUGAUAAGCAAGCUAACGUCAGUGCAGAAGACACGGCUGCCAUUGAGCAAACAAUCAGCCAAAACCUCAACUCAGACCCUUUCAAUAAAUGUGUCCAAGACCGGUUAGAGCAAAAGUUGACGGAGAAAAACGAAGCUGUGAGCACGAUUACCAGCAAGUUUGAGGAUUUACUUUCUAACCCAAAGGACAAGAAGUUCAUAGCAGUGGACAACUACGAAGGCACUGAUUCUGAUAUGGAACCUCUUCGUGAACAUCUUCAUGGCUUAUUCAGUAGCUAUUUCAAAGAUGCCAAGCUUCGCAUUCGCCCACAACAGCUUUUGUUUGGAGUUGUACUGAGAAAAGAGUAUGACAUUGUGUCUAUGGAAGAAUGUAUUCGUAUCGGUACCGAGGGGUUAAAGAUGAGAGAGGAGGAGGUUCGAUUCACCGUUUGGUACCUGGAUCGGUACGUUGGAGCUUUAAUCUAUCAUCCAGAGAUCAAGGACAAAUGGUUUGGGAACUUUGUCAUUUGCAACCCCCAAGUGGUAUUCAACAGCCUCAGUGUUCUCGUUGUCAAUCCGCUGCUGGAGCUCCAUUCUAAAGAGAGCAGUAUUCACUUCAAGGAAGCUGAGAGAAAGAAUUGGAUACUAAAGGGGCAAUUCUCACUGAAAACAAUCACUCGAUGCCAUUCGGAAGAAAACCAGGGUGUGAAGAAAGACCAGUUGAUUCCUGUUGAGAAGCUGCUCAUACUGCUCGAGCAUUCCCAUCUUUUGGCCAAAAUCACAGCAGUGGUGAAGGAAGCCCAUACCACAGAAAAAAUCGAAACGACGUAUUUCAUCCCUGCUAUUCUCAAGUGUGCAUCUCCCGAGGAACUAACGAAACCACCCCCCACUGGCAUUGAUACACCCUCUCCAAUCAAGAUCACAUUUGACCCCCAAUACGUUCCCACUGGAAUAUUCUGUGCCAUGAUCAGUGAUUUGGUCUCAAGGGGGAGUAAAGGCAAAGGCAUUCUGGGCAUGACUUGGAAACUUGCCACUGAUUCUCCAGUAAAGAGAAACCUUGUCUCCUUUCACAUUGAUGAAUCUGCCAAGCAUUUUGUUACCCUUAUUUCUCACGUUGAUAGCUACGAAAUACGAAUUAUUCGAAAAUACAAGGACCAUACGAUGCACGAGCUCUGUUCCUACGUCCUCUCAACCCUCCUGUUGGUGAUGAAGGAUAUUAGUCCACUACUCACUCCGAUUAUUGCCUUCGACUGCUAUUGUGGCAAACAUGAAGAUAGUUCCAAGCUUUGCCUCCUCACAACAGGAGUUGAUCCCUGCUUUAACUGCACACACAAAGUUUCUCUCAGCCCUCACCAAGAAUGUUGGUUUGCAAAGGAAGUCAGCCUGGGACAUGAUGUUACUCUCCUUGCUCUGCCAUUUGCUGAGGACCUAGAUCCAAGCCUCACUUUCAAGUGGAGGAAGAGAUGUCCGAAAAUUUGCGGGACUGGAAAUGAAUUGGAAUUCAAAGCCUCGUCAAAUGGUCACUUCAAGGGCUUUAUCAGUUGUGAGAUCUCCAAGAACCAGAAGCCUUUCUUCACCGUGUACCACUGCCUGAGAAACAGUAUCGGUAAUGCAGUGACUCCACUAGCCACUCCACACACAACCACUCAGUCAGUUCAACAAUAUGAGUUGACAGCGACUACAGCUCAGUUGAGUCAAGAGUGCUCGGAUGAAGCUCUUCUCCAGUUGUCUACCGAGAUUGCUGGCUAUGACAAAUACAAGCUCAGGCUGGGCCUCAGUGAUGCUGAGAUUGAGAAUAUCGAUCAGACCAUUGAUAAUAUCCCAGGGAGAUUUCACGCUGCUCUAAAGAAGUGGAAGAGUAAAAGCAUCAUUUUCGAUAAUCCAUUGAAUUCAACAGCUACUUACGGUCGAUUAGUGGAAAUUGCCUCAGAGAUUGAGGACGGAGAGGCAGUUCGCAGCAUUCACAAGGCCUGUGUCAAGGAUACAUUUCAGCCACAUCAGACGAUAGUGACAGCGACUGCAGCUCAGUUGAGUCAAGAGUGCUCGGAUAAAGCUCUUCUCCAGUUGUCUACCGAGAUUGCUGGCUAUGACAGAUACAAGCACAGGCUGGGCCUCAGUGAUGCUGAGAUUGGUGCUAUUGAUCUGACAAUUGUUGGUAUUCCAGGGAAAUUCCUCGCUGCUCUAAAGAAGUGGAAGAGUAAAAAUAUUCUCCAAUUCAAUCCAUUGAAUUCAACAGCUACUUACGGUCGAUUAGUGGAAAUUGCUACAAAGAUUGAGGACGGAGAGGCAGUUCGCAGCAUUCACAAGGCCUGUGUGGAGCAUACAUGACUGGAGGUCAUGGAUCAGUCAACACCAUCAGACACUACCAACACUAUAGAACCAUAAGCACAUUUGCACAUUAUUUUGUUUUGUUUGACGCUUAUUGUGGUAAUGAAUAAAGUGGCAUGAGUUUUUUUUACUGACAAUG